UCUCAACAAGUAGAUCUCGAUACCAAAGUUGUUUCCCAACACUUUUUUAAUUUUCUACUUAUUUAAAAAGUUGCAAUUGAAUAUAUAACUAGAAAAAAAAAUGCAAUUGUUUUCUUAUCAUUUAGUUAAAACGAAUCGCUAUCGCCCGAUAAAUCGCGAUAAAAGUCGGUUAUUAGGAAAUUUUAGUAAGUUUAACAUGUCAAUCCCGUCCGUCCUCUUCGUUUUUACGUGUAUUUUGAGUGUUUCUAUACAAUUAGCCGACUCGACGACUUUAAACGUAACUUUCGAUACUCCAAAAGUGAUCGAGAUGUGGAUAAACAACGAACGUGUGGUGAAUUUCAGUCUGUUUCAGACGUCGAACGACGAUCGCGUCGUCGAAAUACGAAUAAAGUCGUCGGUCCCCGAAGUCGUACAGAUCACACCUCAACAGUUAUUGUGUACGGAAGGAUGGGAAACAGUUUACAACGGUUCUUUUGUCAUUCGUGCCAAAAGCGUGGCUCGUACGGAGGUGACAGUCGUUGGCAUCACCAAAAACUCCGCACUGUUAGAGAGCGAAAGCCUGAUUGUACGCGUGGCGAGAAACACUCAAUGGAUCACUUAUUGGUUCGACAUUUCCGUAGCCGUUAUGGUUUCUCUCAGUUACGUUCACAUGGGUUUAACCAUAAGCACGAAAACCAUUGGGAAUAUUUUGAAGAGACCCGUCGCUCCCGUCGUUGGAUUUCUUUGCCAAUUUUUAAUCAUGCCGGUGACAGCCUAUCUGGCGGGACAAUGGUUAUUCGAUAACGACGUGCUACGCAUCGGACUUUUUAUAUACGGAUGCUGUCCGGGGGGCGGAACCAUCUGGACGAUAAUUCUCAAGGGUAACUACAAUCUGAGCAUCACCGUUUCCUUCCUUAACAGCGUAGCGGCUCUGGGUCUCAUUCCGAUGUGGAUGUUGACUCUAGGCAAAAAAUUAUUCAAAAACACGUGGAAAAUUCCCAUAAAAAAUUUAGUAGUUAGCCUAGUUUCCAUGAUAGUUCCGGUGGCAAUAGGCCUGGUCGUACAAUACCUGUUCCCGAAAUUACAGAGAACAGCCAUACGGCUGCUCUUGCCGCUGACGCUAAUCAUGACAAUUUAUUUGUGUCUUCUGGGUCUGUUCGCUUAUUUGGACAUUUUCAAGAUGAUCACGUGGCAAAUCGCCUCGGCUUCGCUGUUAAACGUCUGUCUGGGAUUCCUCAUAGCCAUAAUAGUGUCCAAGUUAAUGGCUUUUUCCACAGAAGACACCAUUGCCGUAGCCGUAGAUACCGGGGUACAGCACGCGGGUAUAGCGCUGGUGCUGAUAUCGUUUUCGUUUCCUUCUUUCGCCGAUGCCAAUUUGGCUAAAGUGGUGCCCAUAACGGCCUACGCUCUCACUCCUUGCCCCUUGUUUCUGGCCUUUAUAACGCAAAGAAUCUACGGAGCUUUUUUCAAGACAACCGACGACAAAAUGGCCGACUCUCCCGACGAAAAAACUCAAAUCGAUCCGAAUUACUCCCAAAAUGCAAACUAUUCGACGUUUAGAGCUUAAGAUAUUUACUAAUUAACUUCGCCGUUUGAUAUUUAA